UUUCAUUUAGAUCAUAAUCUGAUGCAAAAAGAAAGAACAAGUUAAUGCAAACCCUCAACUAUAAUAUUGAAAAUGGCAACCUCCUACGCGAAAGAUCAACCCGCUGGAUUCAAAAACCGCAUCGAGAAUGUGGCAAUAGUUGGUGCAGGUGGGCAAUGCGGAAAGUUCAUUGUCGACGCUCUUCUUAAAAAGGGGCACUUUAGGGUCACAGCCCUAACACGCCAUGACAGCCUCAAUGUCAUCGCCGAAGGCGUUGAGGUUAAAAAAGUCGAUUACAACGAGCCUAGCACGCUUGUCGAAGCCCUAAAAGGCCAGGAUGUACUAAUUGUUACCUUGGCAGUAACAGCCACCGAUGAAGCAGAGAAGCUCAAUGUGGCUGCGGCUGAAGCUGGUGUUCCCUGGGUUCUGCCCAAUGAAUUUGGUGGUAACGCAGCCAACGAAUCAGCCGAUCAAGACACCAUGAUCGGACUUGCUAAGAAAAAGAUUCGAGAUCAAAUAGAGCAGCUUGGAAAGAGCUCGUGGAUUGGCAUUGCAUGCGGGUUCUGGUAUGAAUACAGUCUUUCUUGCGGGCUCUGGUCAUACGGAUUUGAUAUCAAUAACCGCGAGGUUACCUUCUACGAUGAUGGAACUCAACGGAUGGAUACAAGCACAUGGAAUAAAACUGCUCUUGGUGUUGCUAGUCUUUUGUCCCUCAAAGUAAUUCCAGAGGAUGCGAACGAUAAGGCGACCCAUCUUGCUCAAUUCAAGAACAAAAUGGUAGGCAUCUCCUCGUUCCAAGUGAACCAGCAAGAAAUGUUCGAGUCCCUGCUACGUGUGACUGGAACGACUCGAGACGAAUGGAAAAUCAGCAGUGAGCCUGUUAAAGAGCGCUUUGCUAGAGGAAAGCAAAUGUUGCAAACUGGAGAUCGCAACGGCUUCGGCAUCUUGUUGUACGCCCGCAUGUUCUACCCGGAUGCCCCAGCAAUUCAGUUGACUAACAACAACGCUGACCUGGGAUUGGAACAAGAGGAUCUUGAUGAACGCACUGCUGAGGCUGUCAAGAUGGCAAAGGAGAACUAUUUUGAAAAGGUCGUGAUUCCCCGGACAGGACGCAGGUCUUAAGGGUGCGCCGAAGAAUUAGACAGUCUACCGAGAAGAGAACACACAUAGGUAGAAAAAUCCAACUUUUGGUUUCAACCAAAAUCAGGACUCUAAACUACGAUUAUAAACGACUUCGGCCAUAUUUCCCUUCUCUGGAGACUAAAAUCGAAGGAGAUACUUAAUCG